CAGGUAGCAUCACCUCAAGCUCCCAGCAAACAGCGUUAUCUUCGUUAAGACAAAGGCUCACCUGAUUUGUGUUCUUUGUUAUUUUCUGGCCAGAGUGCCGUAUUGGGCCCAGCCCAGGAUGGUCUCCUUCCGUCUGCAAACCUGACUUUCGGUUUCAAGAAUUUUAAGGGCGUCUUCCUACCAAAGAGAUAAGAGAAGGGCAUGCUUCUCAAGCAGCAAAUCUGAUGCAGUGUGGUGUCUCAUGUAUCUGGUUUCUUACCGUGGACCGCUUCGAGGAAGGAAUGGAUCCAGGCUUGUAGAAGGGGAGUGACAGUGGUGUUCUCAGAAAGCUGGGUAGAGCCUAUGAGCUGGGAGAAGAGCCAGGUGCCAGAUAGAGAAAGGACAGACAGCAGGUCCAGAGAGACUCACACCAGGCAAUGGAGGACAAGGACCAAUCAUACAAGAAGAAGAUUGGCAGUACAUUGAAUGCUGGUUUUGAGGCUGUGCUGUGAUGUUACAUGCUGUUACAAUAUUGAGACAAGGAGGAGAAGGCGGAUCACUCAGAAGAUGCACAAAUGUCAUGUGUAACAGGUAACCCUGCAAGGCUGUGGAGUCUUGCUGAAAGUAGGCUCCAAAUUACCACACAAAAUGGCACACAUGAAGUUCCCCAUUGCUGCCCCUCUGUCAGCCACCUGAAGAAAGAGGACCCAGAUCCUGUCUCAGCAACGGAGCUGACAGAUAGCUCCAUUUCAAAAGCAGUGCUUUGGGGAUGGACGAAAGAUGAGCUCCAUCAUAGGCUGUACACUCAACCAAUCAGAGAAUGGGAAGGGCGGGCUCCACACACAUAUGGAGACAUUAUACACUCAUCUUCUGUGUAUUUACACAGUGAAUACACAAAGGCUAUGAGCGAACAAUAUCUGGUUUUAUUUUCCUUCCAUCUGCUAAUCCUCUCUUUGGACAGCCCUAAUCAUGAUUUUAUGUAUGAGGGCAUUCUUCCCCUCUCUACCAUUGAGGUGCGACUGAUCUCUCAGCAGGACCCCAAUUCGCCACAUAUGUUUGAGAUUAGAGGACCUAUGGUGGACUCAAAGAUCUUCAUUUGUGCAAGUGCUGCAGAAACAAAAACCUGGAUGGAGAACAUUGAGGACAGGAGAUACAAAAGUCUGAGGCAGCAGCUGAGUCCCUACCAUAGCACACUCUCAUAUUUGGUGCCAUGUGAUGAGAGCUGGAAGAGGGAGGAGCUUAAAAGGUAUUUACUGCGUUCUCCCAUCUUUCAAUGGGAGGGAAAACCAAUUCAGCACAUGGGCUAUCCAAAAUACCUUUCAAUGGUGCACAUCAGCAACAUAUACUCACAGGCCCGGGUUUUGCAGGGACAUCAGGAACGCUUGCUUUUGCUCUUUCCAUUUGACCUUCUCAUUCUGUCUGUUGACUGUCAGCGUGUACGAGUGAAAUAUGAGGGUCGACUGCCACUGAAGAGCAUCAAAGCCUUGGAAAGAUCUGCACUACCUGGCAGACUGGAAUUUGAACUCACAGGUGAAAUGAUGGAGCCUCUGCUGGUCUCCUGUAUUUACCCUGAGGAUUAUCAAAGCUGGAUCUUCCAAUUGCAACAGCCUGAUAAAGUAGCAGAUUCAUUGCCACAUCACACCCCUCCACCUCUCAUACCAAAAAAGCGCAGAAGCUAAGGAAGAUCGGAAGAAUGUGAAGGAUGGGAAUCAAAAUGAAUUUGACCAGAGUCUCUCCAACAAAUGACAUCACAUCACUAAUACUCCAAUCAUUGUUCCAAAUGGAUGCUUUGAUGUCAAAUUAACAUUUUACUUUUGUGUCUGAUUUCUUUGGAAGUGACAAUUUUAACUCAUAAGUAACUCUCACAAUCUCAGCACAGCUUGUGAGGUGUACAGAGAGUUUUUCAAUAGCAACAGUAGGAAACAGAACAGGUAAUUCUGUUAGACAGAUAUUAAGAACAGUCUACUCAAUUUCUGUAAAUAUCUACUUGUAUUUAUGAGCAUAUAAGUACAAAACACUGUAUAAAAUGAGUACCAAAUGUAUCACUGAGAAUAAUAAACUGCUUUUAUUAGAAAUGAAUUCCAGGGCCUCAACAGGUUUUCUUUUACCUCUCACUAACUAACUAACACACAUUUUGACAGUAUAUCAGCUGGAAAUCAUUCUAGGUUCUUCUAAUAAAUAUCACAAUAUACAUGACCCUAGUAAGGCAUAAUAGGUGAGGUGAGGCAGGAAGGCGAGCUCUCGGUUCUGGUGUCAAGCGCCCGCUGGGGCGGUACACCUGUCAAACGGUAACGCAGGUGUCCUAAGGUGAGCUCAGGGAGGACAGAAACCUCUCGUUUGAGACGGGCUUAGGGCGCGGUCGAAUGAAUGCCGCCCCUCACCCAUCAAUGACAGCUUUGCAGAUCCUUUGCAUUCUAGCGGUCAGUUUGUCCAGAUACUCAGGUGACAUUUCACUCCACACUUUCUGUAGCUCUUGCCAUAGAUGUGGCUGUCUUGUUGGGCACUUAACAUACACCUUACAGUUUAGAUGAUCCCAAAAAAACUCAAUGGGGUUAAGAUCCAUAACACUCUUUUCCAAUUAUCUGUUGUCCAAUGUCUGUGUUUCGCCCACCCUAACCUUUUCUCUUUUUUUCUGUUUCAAAAGUGGCAAUUCUUUGCAAUUCUUCCCAUAAGGCCUGCAGCCCUGAGUCUUCUCUCUGAGUGGGUAGAAUUCAAUGAAGCUGUCAGCUGAGGACAUGUGAGGUGUCUAUUUCUCAAACUAGUGACGCUGAUGUACUUAUCCUCUUGUUUAGUUGUACAUUUGGCCUUCCACAUCUCUUUCUGUCUUUGUUAGAGCUAGUUGUCCUUUGUCUUUGAAGACUGCAGUGUACACCUUUGUAUGAAAUCUUGAUAUUUUUUUGACAAUUUCAAGCAUUGUAUAGCCUUCAUUCCUCAAAACAAUGAUUGACUGAUGAGUUGCUAGAGAAAGCUGUUUCUAUUUUGUACUUUUUGUCCUAAUAUUGACCUUAAGAUAUGCCAGUCUAUUGCAUACUGUGGCAACACAAAAACAAACACAAAGACAAUGUUAAGCUUCAUUUAACAAACCAAAUAGCUUUCAACUGUGCUUGAUAUAAUGGUAAAUUAGCAAUUUAGCAUGAUUCAUCAAGGAUAAGGUGUUGGAGUAAUGGCUGCUGUGACUGUCUAGAUUUGGUCAAAAAUGGCUUCUUCUUUUUUUUUAAAUAGUGAUGGUGCUGUUUUUUUACAUCAUUAAUGUCCUGACUAUACUUUGUGAUCAAUUGA